CCCGAGGGAGCGGCGCCGCCGGUAGAGCGCAGGCCUGGCCAUGACCGACUUCAAAUUGGGCAUCGUGCGGCUCGGCCGGGUGGCUGGGAAGACCAAGUACACCCUGAUAGACGAGCAGGACAUCCCGCUGGUGGAGGGCUACUCUUUCGAGGCCCGGAUGGAAGUAGACGCCGACGGAAAUGGUGCUAAGAUAUUUGCAUAUGCCUUUGACAAAAAUCGAGGAAGGGGGUCAGGAAGGCUCCUUCACGAGCUGCUGUGGGAGCGGCACAGGGGAGGCGUCGCUCCCGGGUUCCAGGUCGUGCACCUCAACGCCGUGACUGUGGACAAUCGCCUGGACAACCUGCAGCUGGUGCCGUGGGGCUGGCGGCCCAGAGCCGAAGAGACGUCCAGCAAACAAAGGGAGCAGAGCCUGUACUGGCUCGCGAUCCAGCAGCUCCCCACGGACCCCAUCGAGGAGCAGUUCCCGGUCCUGAACGUGACGCGGUACUACAACGCCAACGGGGACGUGGUGGAGGAAGAGGAGAACGCCUGCACCUACUACGAGUGCCACUACCCUCCCUGCACGGUGAUCGAGAAGCAGCUCCGGGAGUUCAACAUCUGUGGGCGCUGCCAGGUGGCCCGGUACUGUGGCUCCCAGUGCCAGCAGAAGGACUGGCCUGCCCACAAGAAGCACUGUCGGGAGAAGAGGCGCCCCUCCCAGCACGAGCUCGAGCCAGAGCGGUGACUGGGCGUGGGCGGCAGCGCAGCCCCAAGUGGCAUCGGUCUUCCCUGGGCACCGCGGACGCGGUGGUGGCUGAGCCUGGCGGUGCUGAAGAAGCCAGCCAUGCGCCCGGCGCGGCGCGGCGGACACCCCGUCCCGGCGCUUGGUGCUGCGGCGCGGCGCCCCCGGAAGUGCUCCCUGGAGUAGAGACAGCCGAGCCGGGAGGCUCCGCCAGGAGGCUUCUCGUUAUUUAUAUGUUAAUAUGUUUGUAAACUCAUGUACAGUUUUGGGGGGGAGGCAGUGGAGGGUUAGAAGUGACAAAUAGAAUCAUUUG